AUGAGCGACAUUGUGAGCCUAGAGUUGGUACUUGGGGCUCGUGUCUCCGACAAUUCAUCCGACCAGGAUUGGGAAGACAACGUCAGAAACAUGAUGCAAACAUUUACACCCGACCAAAUGGACUGGAUAAAGCAAGGAGACAGCAGGAAAAGAAAUUCAAUCACAUCACUGUCAAGCCCUACAAAAGCUUCCAUACACAGGCCAGAGUUUAGUAUCGAAGACGACCAAACGAACGUUGAGUGCGUACCGGGCUUCUUUGAGAACGAGGAGAGAGGUCCAAAAAGAGCAAGGAGGAUAUCUCUGCUCCGUCUAGAUAAGGAUACUGUACGCCUAGUACAGCAUAGCCCGAGCAUCGACAGCUCAAGACAUUCAAUUAGGAGCAACUAUUUUGACUGCGUAUCCUUAAACGGAGACAAGCAGACAUCUCGUUUAUAUCUCGCCUCAAAAGAUGAAGAGAACUCUCGUACUCUGUUACCACUAAGUCCGACACCUCAAAACUAUCACAGACAAACUGCGUCCGAGAGUAUGAUGGCCGACUCAACCAUCAACGUCCACAUGGCAACCAUGCAUGCACUCGAGUCACGCAAUCUCGAUCUCCUGCCAGUGGCUUCCCAUGGAUUCACAUACCUACAAUCAGCUACUACUUCCGAAUUUCCAAAGUCGUCGUCCUGCCCGAGUAGUUGUCGCACAACGUUGUCAUCUGUACUGUCGGCCAAUGGCGAUCGCCUUGUUUAUAUACCAUCUCGUUUUUCUGAGACACAGCAUCCCUUUCCGACUAAGAAUAAGCAUAGAAAAUCCAAGCCGCAUACUCGACGAAGCUGUUCUUAUCUUAGUGUCGACAACCGGGGGAUAGAUGAAUACGCAAAGCUAAAUGAUAUUACUAUUAAUAGAGAAGUCCAAACAACAUUUGGCGACUGCAAAAGCAAAUGUAUCCUUGGCCUUGUUGUCAGUGAGGAGGAGCUUUUGCAAAGAAGCGGGCUUGAAAGAAAUAUAAAAUCACAGGGGUUGACUGGAAACAAUUUUGGACCUGAGAGCGCUAGUGUUGAGAGUAUGAUCUGGCUAAGCUUGCGGAAAUACGGCUGGAUGAGGGACAGUGAUGAUGGAAAGAGGAGAAAAAUAGUUCGCUUCGUCGUGCCGAACGUAUCUUCACCCCAUAACUCCAGCUAUCCCGAGAAGACACAAAUGCCGAUUGGAGAGGCAACAGCAUUCGACGACAAGCGUUUUGCAGAAGACCUCCAGGCUAGCUACCGUAAGCUAGCUGGAUCUUGGUUCCUUCGUACAUUCAGCGCUUACAGGCUAUGUGCCGUACGCCUCAGUCAAACCAGUAUAUGGAGCGGGGCUCAGACUCAGACGACUACAGAAGGAUUGCUAGCAGCAGGAGAUAGGAUAUGCAUCUCUGAAGAAGCCAGACCUCCGCUGACAGAAGAAGGCUUGAUGAAGCUACUGAGGAAGCCACAGAUGGGGCAAGAAAGAUAUAUGUGGGUUCACUGGGCGAGGCAGAUUGCAGCAUCAAACUCCGUUAUGCAGACAUAUCCACAUGUGAGGGACUCAAGCCGACUUCCACCGCCGACGAUCAUAACAAUCGAAUUCCUGCACACACCAAACACAUUUCGCAUUUUGAUGGCACUCGCACUUUGUCUACUUGGUUGUAUCACAGCAGUGUUAGUGUGUAUCUUUAUGAGUUCUGAUAAGAGGGUGACUGAGGGACACACAAGCAAGCGCGUGGGGGAUGGGGUCGGUAUUGGUGUCCUGGUGUUAAUGUUAGAAGGGGUGGGGUUUUGGACCUGGAUCGUAUUUAGUUAA